UCGGUUGAUGUCCUCACAGGCCAUAGACGCCUACGGCCCCGAAGCCGAGGCUAUAAGGCAAAAGCUAGGGAAAGAACUCGGAGCUUCGCAGGGAGGAGAGGAGAAGAGUGAACUCAGUCUCGAGUGUGAUUGCCAGCUCCAGCUCCGCCCCCAAAUCCCCUCCGCUGUUAGGAUGCCGGAGAGGCACCGCGAGUCAUCCCAUUCGCCCAUUCGGGAUUUACACUCUUACGCCAAUCACUGAUGUUUAAGAGCUUGAACGUUACGGCGAGGGUCUUCGAGCGCCAAAUCGUCCAGCCCCGUCCCAGCGCUAGUGUUAAUUCUGUUCGGCAGUUUUAUGAAAAUUUUGUUCCAAGUUGUACCAUAUAUGACAUUGAUUGUCCGGAUAAUUCAUUCCGCAAGAUUACUGAUGAUGGGAAAUAUUUAAUAAGUUUCAGCAGAAAUCACCAGGAGCUGAUAGUUUACAGGCCUACAUGGCUAUCCUUUUCAUACAAAGGUGAGGAUUGCGAUUCAGAUGCUCUGUCUCAGAGAGCAAAGAGGUUUGACAGCUUCUUUAUCCAUCUGUACACUGUAUCACUUGCAACAAGUAAUGAGUUUAUUUGCAAAGAAUUCUUUCUGUAUCUGGAGGGUUUGGAAUUUGGCAUAUUUGCAACCUCUACUGCACUAUCUCAUGAGGCGCCUGCUACUGAGGGCGCAGUCAAUGGAGUUCAAUGUAUAGAAAGAAUUGUAUUUCAUCUUGUGAGGUUAGAAGAUGGUUUUGUAUUGGAUGAGAAGGUCUUCUGCAAUGACUUUGUCAAUUUGAACCACAGCAUGGGCGUUUUCUUGCAUGAGGAUCUGUUGUGUAUAAUGUCACUGCGUUACCAGGCAAUACACAUUGUACAGAUUACGGAUUCUGGAAACCUUGUCGACGUUAGGAUAGUAGGCACAUUUUGCCAUGAAGAUGAUGAAUUGUUUAUUGGGUCACAUAUUCAGGUUACAGAGGGACAAAUUUUUCUUAGUGGCAUCAAACAGAGGUUGCUUUCUUAUAUUUUUCGCAAGCAUUGGAGUGAGGAAACGGAUCAAACAUUGAGGAUUCAACAUCUGAAGAAAAAGUUUUAUUUUCAUUUUCAAGAUUACAUUGAUCUAAUCAUGUGGAAGGUACAGUUUUUGGAUCGUCAUCAUCUUUUAAUCAAGUUUGGUAGUGUAGAUGGAGUGGUUUCUCGUACCACUGAACAACAUCCAUCUUUUUUCGCUGUGUACAACAUAGAAAAAGCUGAAAUUAUCUCAUUUUUUCAGAAUUCCACAGAGGAGCUCUACUAUUUAUAUGAGCAGUUUUGCGAUCAUUUUACGGCAUCCUCAAGAUCCUCUUUGCAUGCAAAUUUCAUCUCUUCUCACUCAAACAAUAUCUAUGCUUUUGAUCAACUGUGUGUAAUAAAAAAUAGAGCAAGCAACUUUUUACAGUUUGUGAAGAAGAUGGUGUCAUCAUUGCCUUACACAUGCCAGUCUCAAAGCCCUUCGCCGUACUUUGAUCUCUCAUUAUUUCGGUAUGACGAGAAGCUAAUUUCUGCUACUGAUCGGCAUAGAUACUCAACUGAGCAUCCUAUUAAAUUUAUUUCAAGGAGGCAGCCUCACAUCCUCAAAUUUAAGAUAAAGCCAGGUUCAGAAGCAAGUGGUUCAGAUGCAAGGCCAAAGAGAAUAUCAUCAUUCUUAUUUCAUCCCUACUUACCACUCGCCAUUUCCAUCCAGCAGACCUUCAUGCAACCAACUGUUGUGAAUAUACAUUUCAGAAGAUGAUCCAAAGUUUCUUCAUCUCAGAAAUAUUGCAGUACUGUUUUUAUUUCAGCAUUUGGUGAAUUUCUUUAUUUUUUUCCACAAUAUUCUUAUUGCAGUAUGAAGUUUGUGUGGUUGAAAAUCUUUAGAAAGUUUCUGCAAUUGACAUAUUAUAUCCCUUGAAAUGAACUGAACAUUCCAUAUUUCUUUCA